AUCAAAACCAAGAUGGCGGCCCACAGAGAUACAAGGGCUGCAUUGCCUUUACCUUUUAGAGCUAAAUUUCUAUCCUACUCGGUGUUAUUAUCAUUAGUAAUAGUUAUUUUAUAUUCUAAUGUAGCGAGUAGUAAAAAACCUGACCCAGAAAUGACUCCCAAGCUCGAUGAAUUGGUAAUUACAGUGGAACACGCUUUGAAAGAGAACUCCGACGGCCCCGACUUCAAGCCCCGUGGCACAAUCUCUUUACGCUCACUGAAGCAACAAACGGGAGUCUUUUAUCAAAGAGACCAGCUGACGAGAGAGGAGCUACGGCUUAUCAAAGAGAUGGCUCAAAGCAAGGAUGAUGUCUACUAUCGCAUACGAGUUCCUUCGCAUUUUGGAACUAGUGAGAAAGACGAAAAGAAGUUCGUGUCUACCUAUGUUAGAGCUYGUGCUUUAUACGAAUCUAAACUGACAGAGACGAUUACGAUAGCUGUUGAUCAUCUAGGGUAUAUCUAUGGUAUAGGACUGAGAGUCCCUGUUUCUCAAUGUGAAGGGAAGAUUCACGGAGCAGGAUGGCUACCGGCCUAUUUCAACACUACAAUCAACGUUCUAAGCCAGGCUCCUGGUGCUCUACCUGAUACUCAGACAUACGUUCAAAGGCUAGAGAAGGAGAAAGCAGAGCAAGCUGGCGGCAAGGGUAAAGAUAAUCGCUCAUUUUUGGCCAAGUAUUGGAUGUAUAUUGUUCCUGUGGUGAUCUUCAUGUUGAUGUCGUCACAACAGCCUGAGCAAGGCGAAGGAGGAGGAGGGGGAGGCAGUUAGGUGGACUUGUGGAGGGUAACCUUGAAGCUUGUCAAGAACAAAUCGACAACAAUAUUCUUUUUUAGAAGAGAUGUCAAAAAGAGACUAAAUUUGUUUGGCUUCUGUAAUAUUUUCCCAUUUCAGACAUGGUGUUUUCUCCUUUACAAAAAAAACCUUCACAUUUUAUCAAACCAUAGUUCCCCUCUAUUAACUAUGAUCAAACCCUGAAACAACCUCUGAGCUAAUCUAAGUCAGAGCACAGCUAAUUCACAGAUUGAACCCUCAAACAACCUCUAAGCUGUCGUAAGUCAGGGCACAACUAACUCACAUACAUGUAUUGAACCCUGAAACAAAUUCUGGGUGGAUGAAAAUCAAAGCUUCACCUGGAAURUAGUGUGAUAGGUUUGCAGAGGGAGAAAAACUGGAUUCUAGGAAUCAAGCCUGGGACCCCAGGUGAGGGGCAAUCCAGUGUGCUACCACUAUGCUACCUGAUUCCUUCUAGGGAGAAGAGAUUUGAGGUGAACUUUAAUUCACCUCUGAUCUCUAGGAAUAAGGCACUUUUUUAAAUGUCAUUCCUAUUAAGGUACCUACUCAAAAGAAAUAAUGCUCAAGUGAGCAACACAAGGUCUGAAAUGUGAAAAUAAAAAAUGAAGUCUAUCUGAGUCAUGWCCAUAUUUAUAAACUUGGUACCAACUUCAUAUAUACAGUAUUAAUGUAUAUCUAUGAGACCUUGAGUUCUCUACCAAUUUCUUCUUUUUUUCUUCAAUAGACCCCUCGCAUGUGACCUCAAAGCUGCUCGAUCUGGACUUAGAACCUAUUGUUUUGUACUCCAGAUUGAGCUGCAUUCCAAUGUGCUGCAAGGGGUCUAUUACAUAGAUAAAGCUGUUAUCUUGUUGAAGUAGCUUUUGGUGGAUGCCAAUCAAAAAACAUGAAAUAUUCAAGGGCACAUGCCUAUGGAAUGCCAUGAAAACACCUUGAUUGACAUCUACCAAUACCUACUUUGUUACCAUAGCAAAUUGUAUGAUUCUGUACAUGGUAGUGACUUUGAAAGUAGAAUUUAUGCUGAUUGUGAAGUCUUAUUUUAAAGUCCCACUUAUUUCAUAAUUUACAUUAAAUAUCAUUCCACUUUGCUUUAGAUUUUUUUUUGUUAUGCGAAGCAUUCAAGGUGUACCUUUUGUAGCACUUACUUCUUAGAGCAAACUUAUAAUAGGAGUCAAUUCAAGGGGGGUGUAGUGACAGUACACUCUGCUCUCCUCUGGGGUCUCAAGUUCAAUCCUGGACUCUGAAUCACAUGUGAGUAGUGUUUGUUGGAUGUCUUGGAUCCCUUUGCAUCCUUGUUUCAAGGGUUUUGAUCCGGGGUUUCUACCUCUGCAAAAUCUAACUUGCUACGUUCUGAUUCAAUCUGUGAAUUAUCAUAAUGUCCUGCCCCCUUAGUGAAGUGUUCACUAUGAAUAUACUAUAUAAGGUCCAUAGCUGAUGUAUCUCUCCAUGAUUAACUGGUCAUGCCUUAAUAAACGGUUUCUAAUUACACAAUAUA